GUUCAACCGCCAGAAUAGCCAUUUUUGCAUCGUGUGGGGCGCGGUUUGACCGGCAUCUGUAUUGUUGAUAUUUACUAUUGAUUAAGUUAUUUACAACAUGUCUUCGAAAACUAGAAAGUCCACAGCAUCUGUAUCUACGCCUCAACAACCUUCUUCUAGCACUCCAAAUGUACCCGGCAGCAAUCCUGAGAAGAGUUCACCGUUAGGUGCAACUCGAAUGACCCGAAUGCAAGAGAAAUUGGAACUUCAAAAUUUGAAUGACCGUUUAGCUACAUACAUUGAUAGAGUGCGAUUUUUAGAGACGGAAAAUAGUCGGCUGUCUCUACAAGUGCAAACCAGUCAAGAAACUGUAACUCGAGAAGUGAGCAAUAUAAAAUCUCUCUACGAAAAUGAAUUACUGGAAGCAAGGAAAGCUCUUGAUGAAACCGCCAAAGAGAAAGCUAAACAAUAUAUUGAAUUAAAUAGCUUGAGGAAUAGUUACGAUGAAUUAUCAACAAA